UUAUCACAAACAUGGCGGCGUCCUAUGUCCACACAUUUAAAGCCAAAUUAUGUGACUUACAGAAAGCUCUCCAGGUUCAUUACUGAGCCUCCGGGCGUUUUAAAGUGUAACGGUAGCUGCUGUUAUAAUGUGGACGACCAGACAGACAGCAGGAGCUCCUCUGAGACUCCUCAGACACCUCCUGCUCUGCUCCUCCAGGACUGUGUGGAGGACGGCUGGUGGAGGACAGCAGCCCGCUAACAGCAGACAUCUGUCUUCAUCUGGACCCCCCUGGAGGAUCCUGUUCUUUGGCUCUGAUCUAUUCGCUGUAGAGUCUCUAAAAGUCCUCACAUCCAGCAGGAGCUUGAAUGAAGGCGUAGUGGAAUCCCUUGAAGUGGUCACUGUCUCUGCUGACGUGCCAGUGAAGAGGUUUGCUCAACAGAACCAGCUUCCCAUCCACAGCUGGCCCCCUCACAUCGCGGAUGGACAGUUUGAUGUUGGGGCCGUGGUCUCUUUUGGCUGUUUACUACCUGAGCAACUCAUCAAGAAGUUUCCACAUGGGAUUCUGAAUGUUCACCCCAGCCUGCUGCCGAGGUGGCGAGGUCCCGCCCCCAUCUACCACACUAUCCUUCAUGGUGACACUGUGACGGGGGUCUCCAUCAUCCAGAUCCGCCCUCACAGGUUUGAUGUGGGCCCCAUUCUCCACCAGGAGCUUCAUCAGGUCCCUGAUAGCUGUACUGCUGAGGAGCUUGGAGCUGUCCUGGCAACGAAGGGAGCACAUCUGUUGAAAGAUACGUUCAAGACACUGUCUGAGAGAAUGGCACAUAAAAGGGAGCAAGGACAGACGGGUGCAACAUUUGCCCCCAAAAUCUCUACCUCCAUGAGCUGGGUGGUGUGGGAGGAGCAGACCUGUGAUCAGAUUGAUCGUAUGUAUCGUGCCAUCGGAGCCAAGAAACAUCUGAGGACUACAUGGAUGGGCAGGACAAUAAAACUUCUUGAUUUUGUAGGAAGGUGUCAUAUUUCAAUAUUAGAUGAAAGGAUGGAGCCGGCCCCUGGCACAGUGAGCUUUCAGAAACACUCCAAAACUCUGGCUGUCCGCUGUAAGGAUGGCUGGGUUGCAUUCAAGGCGGUGUGUAUGCAAAGAUGGCUGACAGCAGCUGACUUCUACAAUGGCUACCUGCACCAGACAGUCAAGAAGAACUCUCCCCAUCAGACCACCCACGGACUGUUUGUCAGCACUAAACCAGACGUGAAGAGAGACAACUUGACGUUGUUAUCUAAGCACUGAUGUCACCAAAUUAAUUGACUAUUGUUAAUGUGUUUGUCUGUUUUAAGACAUCUACAUAUAAAGCUGGAUGACUAUUUGUAAUAUACUAAUACAAUAU